AUGGAUUUAGAUUUUAAUUACUUAUGUAAAGAUACAUUACGAUAUUACUAUCCAUUGGAUAUACACUUUUAUUCUUACCAUGAAGCUCCCUCAUUAAAUGUACAAGAUUUCAUUCCUCUUUUACGUGAGAGGAUUAUAGCUCUCAAAGUAAUUGCAAUUGUUGUAAGUGAUAAUCGUCGGGAAAGUGAUGACUAUAUAAGAUUCCUUGCAAUAGAAAAGUUGAAGAGUAUCAAGAGUAAUUGUUACAUAUCUUUAUUAUCUAGCAAAGGACACAAAACAAAGUCCGAUGAAGAUGUUAAGAAUAGAAUGAUGGAUCAUACUUCAUUUUUAAUGUUAGUAGCAUCAAUUAUUUCUAAUCGUCAUCGUUUUCGUGAACUUAUGGAGAUUGAAGAAAAAUUUUUCAAAUUGCGAACCUCUGCACUGGAUGAUGAAGGACUAAGUAAUCUAUUAGAGAUGUAUAACGAUUUUCCAAAGAUUGAAGAGAGAGAAAAAGAAGAGCUUAAACUAGAGCUUAUUAAAUAUUUAAAAAAUAAAGAUGAUUAUAAUAAGAUGGAUUAUUUUAAAAUUCCAAUUAAUAAUAUUAUAUGUAAAAUGAAUCCUCAUGAAUUUUACUUAAAUAAAGGAAUAGCUUAUGUACCUUUUAACAUGAUGAGACAAGUAUUGUGUGCAAAGUUUCACCAUUUAAUAAAAGGAAAGAGAUCUAACUUGAUGAUAGAAAGUAUUAAAUCGGCGGAAAAAUCUCAUUUCGGGCUCUCUAGCAUUUGUAAUUAUGCCCGCACAACUUUCACGCGCAUUCAAGAGUCAACUCUAAGUGACAGUGGAUUAACAGAAAAAGAUAUCGAUCACUUAUCUGAAACGGGAUUUCCACCUUGUAUGAGACAUAUACAUCAAACCCUCCGUAAAAACCACCAUUUAAAACAUGAAGCUCGAUUACAGUACACUCUAUUUCUUAAAGGUAUCGGUCUUAAUGUUAAAGAAACAAUUAAGUUAUUUAAAGGUGAAUUUACUCAGAGGAUGGAUAUUGGAUUAUUUGAAAGAGAGUACAGGUAUUAUAUUGAGCAUGCUUAUGGGUUGAGAGGAAGGAGAAAAGAUUACCCUCCUCAAGAAUGUCACCAGAUUCAAAGCAAACGUACGCCACGAGGAGACUGCAAUGGGUGCCCUUUACAGAUUCAUAAUCACAUUGACAUUGAAGAUCUUGAUCAGACUCUGAUCCAGUGGCAAAUUCCAAAAUCAGAUAGACAAGGUAUUAUAGAGGAGUCUAAGAAUAAAAACCCUGGUACUGCUUGUGCUCUCUAUUUUGAGGCGAUCAAUGAUUGUAAAAUGAAAAAAGAAAUUGAUCAUCCAAAUGAUUACUAUAACCGUAGUCGUUAUGCUCAGUAUCAUUGUAUAUCAGAAUUUCCUUUCGAAGAUGAUGAAAUUAUAUCAAGUUUUUCUCGCCUUAAUAUGUCUACUGGAAUAACAGAAUAUACAGAAUAUACAGAAUAUACAAAAUAUACAAAAUAUACAGAUUGUCAAAAAAUUGUUAAAGAUCAAGAAGAAUCUAACGUAGCUUGUAAUAUUAAAAAAAGAAACUCUGAUGAAAUAGUAGAAUCAAAUAUAAUAACUAAAAAAGUUAAAAUAAAUUCAAUCGAUGUAAUAAAACCAUCAGUUUUACCAGCUCUACCAGUUUCAUCAAAAUUAUCGUUGGAAUUUUAUAAAGAAGCAGAGGCAGAACUCGAGUUUAUUAAACAAUUCACUGUCGCAUUUUUAGAUGAUAUCAUUCCUAUUGAAAAUAUUAAAACAGCUUCUCUUAUUUGUAUACCAUCGUCAACGUGUCCACCAGAACAUAAAUAA